AUGCAAGACGCUAGUGAAGGAGAUGGUAACUCCGGGACGAGACAUGGUCCUGGCCCUGAGUGUGCAACUCUAUCUUCUGCCGCCCGAGUCAUGGCUGUACUCACGAGAUCGCGAGCUCAAGAAGUUGAUGGCGGCGAUGUUCCGCCCAUGGGACCACUAGAAUUCCAAGCUGGACGCUGGAGACGGAUCAAGGUUCAUCAAGAGGAUGAUGAGUAUCGAGCUGAGAUCAGGGCGUUCCUGAAUGACGACCUAGAUAGGUUCUCAUCCACACGUCUGAAGAAGAUCAGUAAGGUCGCAGAUAUGUUUGUUCUGGAUGAUCGAGGAAUAUUGUAUAGACUCCCACACUCUGUUCGCGGAAGACCACGAGACGUCGUGGGUAAUCUAAGACUGGUAGUCCCGAGUUCACUUCGGGAAGACAUGUUGCACCAUGCGCAUGAAGAUUUUCAAGGUGGACAUCAAGGGAUCACCUGGACUCAUGAGAAGCUACGUACCGAAUUCUACUGGCCCGACUGCGCCAGUGGAAAAGGAGGUCCCCCGAAUGCUGGACCUUCGUCAGGGAAUAUUGAACCACGGUACCCAUUUGAGGCAGUUUCUAUGGAUUUCGUGACUCACAUGCCAGAGUCGGCCAGAGGAAAGACUUUCCUUUUGCUGUUUCAAGACAUGCUUUCCGGUUACGUGAUGUGCAAACCCAUGUCGUCUAUAACUGCAAAAGAUGUCGCUGAGGCUUAUGAGGAGCAAGUGUCCCAGAUAUUCGGGGCGUCUUCCAUGAUACGGCACGAUCAAGAUCCGCGGUUCAUGAGUGAAGUGUUCACAAGGUUCCGAGAAGUCUUAGGUAGCCGGCAACGCGCUACACUCGGAUACCGCCCACAAGCGAAUGGACAGCAGGAGAGAUCUGUGCAAACAGUCAUUCGGAGCGUCCGAGCAUAUAUCGCCGAGAUGGAUCAGUCCGACUGGGACGAUCACGCUGAGCGACUGAUGUUCGCACUGAAUGUCUCGUUCGACGCGACUAGAUUGGAUACCCCCUUCUAUUUGGUCCACGGUUGGGACGCCCGAAUGGGUUUCGGCAAUGCUGGGACCAAAACCUUCGAGCGUUCCUGA